AAGACCAUUCUCCUAUGUUGUUUCUACGCUGCUUCGUAGAUUUUAAUUUUGAUAAAUCAUAUUCAAUUGAGACACUGCUCCUUACUCGCACACCAUGGCCUCACAACAAAGCCUCUUGUUAUUUUCAUUCUUCAUUAUAAUUCAACUGCUACUAGCAUCAGCUAACUGUCCACCUUCAAUUAAUUGUGGACAUCUCGAACAAAUCCAGUUUCCUUUUACAACCACACAACACCCAAACUGUGGCAUGUUAACCAUACACGGUUGUGAUGACCCCGAACCACAAUCCACAAAAAGCAUUCAAAAUAACAAUAAAUGGUUCGAUAUUCUCCGAAUCGAACCCUUCACAAUCACAAUUCGAGACGACCAACUCCACGAUUUGUUGUUACAGAAAAGCUGCAACAUUCUUAGCUACAACUCUAUGUUUACUAUCCAGACACCUUUGGUUUCAUCCCGUCUAGAGAAUUACGUGACCAUUUUCGGAUGCAGCAACAUCGACAACACAACCGAUCUUCAACAGUACUAUUCUUCCGUUUCUAAUUCAACUUCUAUUUGUAUAAACCAAAACGACCCCAUUGAUGAAAGUCAUGAAACUAUUGUGGUUGCAACUGAUUCCACCACUUUCAACUCUAGUCAUCUCAAAGAAUGUUCAAAGGUUGAGCUUCCAACUGAAUAUGAAGUUCCACGUGUUGACACAGAAGAUCUUUUUUACUUCUUAAUUGCUGAUAUUGCAAUCAAAUUACAAGUUUCUCAAGAUUGUUCAACUUGUCAUGAUCUUGAUGGAGGUCAAUGUCGUCUUGAUACCAAAGGCCACUUUUAUUGUCACAAAGGAAAAUCUAAUAAGACCCGUCUAAUAGUCACAACAGGUAUGUAAAAAUUAAAUAUAAUUUAGGGUUAAUACAUAUUUUCUCUCUCUCUCUAUAUGCUGUAUAAGCGUUUUUUAAAAAACCUCCCA